AACACACGUUUCUAAAGAAGACAAAGGCAGCACGGAUAAAAAAAAAAAAGCACAUGUUAUAAACCGAUAAUCUUCCAUUCUGCAAACCUCCGAACCCCAAUCUCCACGACAAGACUAUCGACAGGGUUUCUCCAUCCAUGGAUGGGCCUAUGGAGAUCGAUGUGGCAGGAUCGAUAUCUUCGGCCAUCGGCAGAAUCCGAAGAGAGGAUUCGGCGGAGAAAGAUAAGCUCCGCGUGAAGAGAGAGACCUUGCAGGCCGUGCUCGAGCAGUGCCAGAGAGCUCUCGAAUUGCUUCAUACUACUAGCGGUGCCGACGACGACGAUAUUGAUGACGUUGACGGUGCAAAUGUCGAUGAGGAGCAACGUGGAGAGAUUUCGGGAUCGCUGCGGGGUAACCGAGAGGCCGAUGAGUUGUGCGAUCUUCUCAAGUCUAGAGUUGAAUGCCCCGACUUCCUCGAAAAGCUAGAGUGUGCAAAGGCUUCAGUUCCACAAAAUGCUGGAGAAGAAGUCAGCUCCUGGGACAUGGUUAGUGAAAAUGAUCUUUGGGAAGGUGAAGAUAUUGAUUCAGAACAAGGAGAGUAUGUUCUUGUCAGGCAAGAGGAUAUUGUAGAGGGUAUUGCAUGCUUCAUGGCCGCAUACUUAUUGUCCCUAAAACAGACUAAGGAUUUGACACCUAACCAACUCCAGGAUGCGCUUAGCAAGACGUUCUCUGUGAAAAAGAAAAAGGGAAAGCUUCAGAAGGCUUGGGAUGGAAGCAAAGUCAUUUAUAAUGUGGCAUCUUGGGGUGCAACUGCUAUAGGGAUAUACCAGAACCCGGUAAUUCUCAGGGUUGCAACUAAAGCCUUCUGGACUUCUUGCCAUGUAAUAUCAAAGCUUAUAUGAUUUGCCUGGGCUACAUGGAGGAAAGUUCUGGUGCAAGGAUUCUCUGUAGUGUUGGUGGUGUGGUAGCCUGGUGUCCUGCGAGCUGUGUGACAUUACUGUAACAAAUAUCGUGACCACUGAUUGAUUUUAGUCUUGUAAAUAUUUUAUUCAGGAUUUCCAGAUUGCAAUUCAAAUUCAUUGGAA